AUGCAGCUUAUUCGUCGUAUGGAGUCAGCAGCUGGGAAUCUCUACAAGGAGAAGAAAAUCCGCGGUUUUUGCCAUCUAUACUCUGGACAAGAAGCUUGCGCUGUGGGUAUUAAAUCGGCAAUGGAGGAUGGAGACGCUGUGAUCACUUCGUAUCGUUGCCAUGGAUGGGCUUUGUUGCAAGGUAGUUCGGUCGCCGAAGUCCUUUCUGAGUUAACUGGACGAAUCACUGGUAAUGUACACGGUAAGGGUGGGUCCAUGCAUAUGUACCAGAAGGACUUUUAUGGAGGUAAUGGUAUUGUGGGUGCUCAGCAGACUCUUGGAACAGGAGUCGCAUUUGCCAUGAAGUACAGAAAGCAGAAGAAUGUCUGCCUCACUCUCUAUGGUGAUGGCGCUGCUAACCAGGGUCAGCUUUUUGAAGCAGCAAAUAUGGCAUACCUCUGGAAUCUUCCAGUGCUUUAUGUUUGCGAGAACAACGGUUUUGGUAUGGGAACGACAGCUGAGAGGUCAUCGGCAUCAACUGAUUACUACUCGAGAGGUGAUUACGUGCCAGGAAUCUGGGUUGAUGGAAUGGAUGUACUGGCAGUGCGUGAGGCAGUCCGUUGGGCCAAAGAAUAUUGUAACGCUGGAAAAGGACCUCUUAUGUUGGAACUGGCAACUUACAGAUAUCACGGGCACUCAAUGUCUGAUCCAGGAACCAGCUAUCGUACCCGGGAGGAAAUUCAGGAGGUUCGAAAAACUCGUGAUCCUGUUACAGGUUUCAAAGAUCGCAUUAUUAGUUCUGGGUUGGUCACUGAAGAAGAUCUGAAAGCUGUUGAUAAGGAUGUGCGAAAAGAAGUUGAUGAAGCCGUGCACGUAGCAGACACAGCUGGUCUUUUGCCGAAAGAGGGUGCCUUUACGGAUAUUUACCAUAACACUCCCCAUCAAUUAGUGCGUGGUGUCACGAUUGACGAUACACAUGUGCAGAAGUUUUUACGUACAGAAGACAUACUGAAAGCACAUAAUUGA